AUGGCGCCUCAAACCACUGCCUCGCCUCGCAAGAAAGGCGGGAGGGCGUCUGGAGCGAAGAAGAAGCCCACCUGGACCCGCUGCCUGAUCACCUUGCUGCCUCCCGAGCUCUACCCAAGCAUCUUUGCAGAAGCGAUCGACCACGGCAAUUUUGUCCUCUGCCGAGCGCUUUUGCCGUACACGCUCGUUGAGCUGUACCGGACAGUCGAGCUCUUCAACCGCACCGUCCUCGCCCAGUUUGCCGCGGCCAUCAUGCGACGACCUUGGCUCGCGAACGAAGUGCGCAAGCUUGCUUUGCGGGAUGAGGACACGAUCGUUGAAGCGACGCACGAGCGCGAGGAGCAGCGUAGACGCCCAUAUCGCCCGAAGGACAUCGUCGUCGGUGUCGGUCUUAUCAAAGACAUGCUGCGUUUGCUCGACCACCUCGUCGGCCUUGCCAUCGAGGGUCUCUUCCUGUUCCGAACCCUUUUCGGACGCGACUUUCUCGAAGACAAACCCUUCCCUCGCGUCGCGACACUUCUGCUGACGAGGGACCUGUCCGAGGUCGGCUACGAAACUUUAGCGGAUGCAGAGCUUCUGCACAACCUUCGCUGCCUGCCCAGGCUCGAGCAACUCAGCCUCCAGGGUGGUGAGACGGAUCUGCCGGUGGAUCUCCUGAACCUUGGCCCGCAACUUGCUGUACCAGCCCGCAGUCUCGCCCUCCAGUCUUUCACGAUCAUGGGUCACGAUGUCCUCGGUUCCGACCUCCGCAUCGCUCUUGCAGGUCUCUCGGACCAUUUGCGGACCAUCAAGAUCGAAGCUUUGGAGGUUUACGCCGGCUUCAUGCACGACCUCGCUCUGCUGCCGCCCUCCGUCACCGAAGUCGAGUUCAUGAUAGGCAUACCCUGUCCUGACAGAGACUAUAGCGAAACGCCGCCUAAGCUGGCAGAUGUUGCCUGGCAUCUCCCGAAUCUCGCGUCUCUUCAUCUCGCGGGCAACAUUAUCAACUCAGCGACCUUCGACCUGGUGUACAACUUGCCACGCCUCGAAGCUCUCGAGUUCAACUACCACACCGCCGUCGAAGCUCAACCCCUCCUCUCCCUUCUGCGCGGCGGACCUUCGACUUGGCCCCGCAUCCGCCGCCUCGCUGUCUCCAUCUGCCAAUGUCCGCCUGAAGGAACGCCUUUCUCGCGCCGUCAACGAUCCGACAAGCCGAACUGGCCGCCUCACUUCGGCGAAGCGGAUGCAAGAGAGCUCCUUCGAAUCUGUGAUGCGAAGGACAUAGCGAUUGGGGGAACGGUCGUGUGUGCGUUCGGCGUUUGUGUCCCGGAUGGGACGCAUGGGUGUCCGGAGUGGGUCAAGGCCAAGGAUGCGGAUAAGGCGCUCAUGAAAGGGAGGAGGAAGCGUAUGUAG